AAUUCUACUAAAAGGUUAUUGAUGAUCCAUGAAAUGUUGAAUUAGUGGCGUAACUAUGCUUUGUAUUGAUUUCAAUGCAAUUAAACAUGCAUAGGGGCCCGAGACAAAGUGCAAAAUGAUAUAAAAGUUUGCGACAAAUGUGCUUGGGUUCCUGAGAAUGCAGAAAUCAUGAAAAGUAUAGUUGCUAAGCUGAUUCUCAAGUUUAACACUUGACAUGAUUACUAACGGAUGUAUAUUUGUGUCUAUUUAUAGAAUCGAAAGAUGGUUGCAACAACCAAGAAAAUCGACCCAGCUUCAGCCAAGUCAAAGACGACUAAAGAUGCAAAGAAACCAGUUCAAAAGAAACAGGUCUUACGAGGCAAAGGCUUGAAGAAAAAGAAGGAACAUCUCAGAUAUGGUGUUGAUUGUACAAACAUUGCUGAAGACAACAUCUUGGAUGUUGCUGAUUUCGAAAAGUUCUUAAAGGAACGCUUCAAGGUUGCAGGAAAGACUGGCAACUUGGGAAACAAUGUCAACAUGGAAAGACAAAAGUUCAAAAUCUACGUCAAUUCAGACGUUCAUUUCUCAAAGCGUUAUUUGAAGUACUUGACAAAGAAGUAUUUGAAGAAACACAGUCUUCGUGAUUGGAUCCGUGUUGUCUCAAACGAUAAGGACCUCUAUGAAUUGCGUUACUUCAGAAUCAGUUCGAACGAUGACGAUGAAGAAGAAAACGAAUAAACCAAAUUCAAUCCUAAGCAAUGUGUGUUGUCAUUCUAACAUCCUUAAGAUUCCUAUGAAAUAAAAGCAUUAAUCUACAACACA